CAAAGCGACGAAGUGCGUUGUUUACGCCUACGCUAGGUGGAAGAUGGCUGCUGGAGAUAACAGCGGCAGGCCUCCUUGCCUUAACUUCUCCGGUCCUGGUCCACUGGGAAACAGCCAGCCCAGCAACAGCGUAUUCUCUAUGCCAGCAUCUAACGGAGGAGGAGUUGGUCCGGCCGGGGGAGCGCAGGGAACAGCGCGGCGUCCUAACCCGCAACUGGGGCCUGGCGGAGGAGACGGCAACGGUGUUUCGACCGGACCUCCGCCGACUGCGCAGAAUUCCCUGCAGCAGCCCGCUGCGGCAGUCGGAGCUAUGGCGACCCCGGCGUCCAAUAUGACAACCACCGCAGCAUCGAACGCUUCCUCGGCGGCACCGACGGCCACUCCGGCAGCUGCGUCUGUUCUGGUGUACCGAGAGCCCGUGUACAACUGGCAGGCGACGAAGAGCACCGUGAAGGAGAGAUUUGCUUUCCUUUUCAACAACGAGGUGCUCAGUGACGUUCAUUUUUUAGUGGGCAAAGGAAUGGGGAUUCAGCGGAUACCUGCACACAGGUUUGUUCUGGCUGUGGGCAGUGCAGUGUUUGAUGCGAUGUUCAACGGUGGAAUGGCGACAACUUCCACGGAAAUCGAGCUUCCUGAUGUGGAACCAGCUGCUUUUCUGGCCUUGCUAAAAUUUCUCUACUCUGAUGAAGUCCAGAUUGGACCAGAGACAGUGAUGACCACACUAUAUACAGCUAAGAAAUACGCAGUGCCAGCCCUGGAGGCUCACUGUGUGGAGUUCCUCAAGAAGAACCUGAGGGCAGACAAUGCUUUCAUGUUGCUUACACAGGCACGGUUGUUUGAUGAGCCUCAGCUUGCCAGCCUUUGCCUAGAAAACAUUGAUAAGAACACUGGAGAUGCUCUUGCUGCUGAAGGCUUUACAGACAUAGACUUGGAUACUUUGGUGGCAGUGUUGGAGAGGGAUACUCUCGGGGUGAGGGAAGUGCGUUUGUUUGGAGCUGCGGUGCGCUGGGCUGAGGCUGAGGCACACAGGCAGCAGCUGCAGCCCACACCCGAAAACAAACGCAAAGUCCUGGGAAAAGCUCUCACUCUCAUCCGCUUCCCUCUCAUGACCAUUGAAGAGUUUGCUGCAGGUCCAGCCCAGUCCAGUAUCCUUACUGACCGAGAGGUGGUAAGUCUCUUCCUCCACUUCACAGUAAACCCAAAGCCUCGUGUUGAUUUUAUCGACCGGCCCCGCUGCUGCCUCCGCGGGAAGGAGUGCAGCAUCACACGUUUUGGACAGGUGGAGAGCCGCUGGGGCUACAGCGGGACAAGCGACCGCAUACGGUUCUCCGUAAACAGAAGGAUAUUUGUGGUAGGGUUCGGCCUGUAUGGCUCUAUACACGGACCCACAGACUACCAAGUCAACAUACAGAUAAUUCACACAGACAGUAACACGGUGUUGGGCCAGAAUGAUACAGGCUUCAGCUGUGAUGGAUCAGCGAACACCUUCAGAGUCAUGUUCAAAGAACCAGUGGAGAUACUACCGAAUGUCAACUAUACUGCCUGUGCUACACUUAAGGGUCCAGACUCUCAUUACGGGACUAAGGGAAUGCGAAAGGUAACGCACGAGUCGUCAUCCACCGGCACAAAGACCUGUUUCACCUUCUGCUACGCAGCAGGCAACAACAAUGGCACUUCAGUAGAGGAUGGACAGAUUCCAGAGGUCAUCUUCUACACAUAGUCACCUCCAACAACGCCAACAAUCUACCAUCAAAUGUGACAGCCUGACACCAGCGCAGGGCCUCCCCUCAGCAGCCCUACUGGGGACUGAUCUGUCCGACAUCAUACUGUUCCCUUCAUAUAGUGCACUACUAUUGGCCACAUUGGAAGACAAAUAGCCGUGAGGCGAUGUAAGUCAUUACGUGGUGCGUAGCUUGUCGUUUGAGAUGCCUUCUCUCUCUUUCUGAGAAGCUUCCUUUUAUCCUUCUGUGUUGUAGUGAUGACCGCCUAUCAAACAGACAUGACUGUAACAAACUCCACAAGGGCAGGAGAGAGGGAGAGAGGAGCCUCUUAGAUUAUUCACAGUAUCCAUGUCACUGCUGUGGACUGAUGGCCUAAGGCUUGAUUCUGAAUUCUACUGAAGCUGUACGAUUCCCUUUUUGUACUUUACAGCAUUAGUACAAAGGAGAGUCGCAAAUGUAUGAAUGUACAGUGUAUCAGAUUUGCUAAGAAAGGAUCCUCAUUGUUUAGUACAGACCAGCAUUUCUCUCAUCACUUUCAUAAACUCAUAGGAUUUAUGAAUUAUAACUAGGCUUCAUAGUAAUCUUAAGAAUAUGAUUAUGGUAAGCAAUUUUUGGUUUCUACAUACUGUAGAAUUUGUGAUAUCUUGUGUCCUUCCUUGCUUGAUAGUUCCCUAUACCCAAGAUACCUUGCACUGCUCGGCCUUGCAUAUGUCCAAUGGAUGCACACCAAUUCUUCAGAUGUUUCUUUUUUUUGUUGUUGUUUUUUUAAGAAGUGUGGUGCAGAGGUGAAGGGGGUUGUAUAUUAAAGUGGCAUUUAUUAAUAUUAUAUAUGUAAUUUGAAGUAAUUACUGAUUAAAGAGUGAGGA